GCCAAUCUUUUUUUUAACGUUCAAAAAUGAGACCCGGGAAAGAUCCGACAAGACGAAGAACCCAGACCUCGUCGUCUUCCCCACCAAGGACCCGACCCGGUUUCCCUUCGGGCUCGCCCGACCGGGCCAGCGGUGGAGCUCGCGCUGGCAAGCUUACUCCUUCGGCCACUCUGCUCGAUCGCGAAUUAGUUUUUCCUGUCGGAGACGAGAGGGUUGCCGGGUCGGUUUACGAAGACCCGGAUCCGAAUCCGAGGAGCUUCCCUUACAGCGUGAAGCAGCAGUGUUGGGACAAGGCGGAGAAGGUCAAAGGAAGAGAUCCCGAGCGGUGGCGGAGAGAUGCGCUGGGGAAUAUCCUUUUUCGGAAGCUCGUUGGUUGUCCGGGAUGUUUGUGCCAUGAUUACGAUCACAUUAUCCCCUAUUCCAAGGGGGGAAAGAGCACGCUGGAAAACUGUCAGGUUCUGCAGUUGACAUCUUUAUCUUCUGGACCGACUACUCGGAAAGAUGGAAAUCUGGGGGCAAGGGUAAACCGAUCAAAGGGCAACAGAACCGAUAUCUCUCGGGCUGAUCUCAUUCAGAGGAGCUCAUACUGCCGCGUUUCGGGUCGUGAUAUGGAUCUCAUUGAAUUGACGGCCUAUGGGAACGUACGGCAUGCAGCGGAUUCCGGUGGCUGCAGAAUUCAAUGAUCAGAGUUAGAUUCCCACUUCAGAACCGCCCUUCAGAUGGCAUACACGUGGCCCAAUCGCAACAAAGCACUUCUCCUCGUGGAAUUCUGAUUAAGAUUUCAUCUACUUUGCUUUUCUUUUUCUUUUUAUAAAUUGUCGGAUUGUUAAGGUUGUCUUUUUCUUUUGAUUUUACUGUUAA